AUGUCAAUAGCUGACCGAAGUGAACAUCAGGAAGUUAAAAUUUAUCUAAAAUUUAUAAGUGAGAAUAAAUUUGAUAUCAAAGUGGAUAUCUCCCUCCUAUAUAACCCCCCAACCAUGAACAAAAGCGGAUGCAUCAUCAUAAGUGUUGCCCUGUGCAUCUUUGUAUCCAACGUGGAUGCCGUCUGUGAUCUACAGCCAGCAUAUGCCAUAGCAGAAACAGCGCCAAAUGGUACUGUUAUAUUUAAUGGAACGAAAACUCAAGGAGAUACUGUAACAUUCCAAGUGAAAAACCUAAAUGCUACAAAGGACCCACAAGGAUUUUUUAACCAACUAAGCGAAGCUCUCUUGCUAACUAACAACGAUACAACCUUUAAGUUUGAAAACACAAAACCACUAGAUCUGGAGCAGUUUUGGAUAAGUAAAUUCAAGAAGAAUUGA